UUUGUUGGGAACUUAGACGAUCGUUCAAAGAGCAUUUCCUGAAAAGCCUUUGAAACGAGAAAAAGAAGAGUGUAAUUAGUGAAAAGUGGGUAGUUCUGCAUAAUUGGAUGGUACAAUGGAUAAGGAUAACGUAAACAAAAUCCGUUUGGCGGUGUCUAGCCUGCAGGAACCAUCGUUGGGAGACUCGGAAAAAUUGAAGAAGUUUAACGUUAUAAGGGAGUGUUUAUAUUCUUGCAAACUGCAAGGGAGUGUCGAUGAUAAAAUACUGACACGGCAAGUCUUUACUUUGUGUAAUUCCGAGCUGGAUACCUCCAAUUCUGAGCUGCUAGUAAGCGUCUUUACCCUAUUGGAGCUGCUCUUUAAUUGUAAUUCUGAGAACUAUGUCGGCAAAGUUGUCCCACAUUCGUACCUGGCAGUAGCUUUUGAGUCCAAUCACAAAUAUUCCGGCACAGUAAAAGAGUGCGCGUUAAGUUGCAUUCAGACGUGUCUUCAUAGGUUAGUAGUCACGAAUUGCUACGACUUGACACAAUUAGAUAGCAGCGUAAACGACAUGGAAGUCGGUAGUAAGAUGUUCGAUCUUCUGCUAUGUGUAAUGACUGAUGUACCAGCCAACAAUUGUUUGCAGUUUUUCUACGAUACUCUCAUGUCUACCAUGUUUGAGACUGAGAACGUGCAACUACGCUCUAAGUUAAUAGAUUUCGCAAUGGAACUAUUGCCUCGUUUUUCUAUUCAGUUGCUCACUAGUUGUCAGCUGGAAGAGUUUAAGAACAAAGUGAAAAAUUGUUACAUUAAAAGGAUAGGCGUUAUAAGAAACCAAAACGAUCCCAGUUGGUCCAAACUUGUUAAGUUUCUUUUGAAGUGUUUUGGAAAAGUGAUACAUUCCUGUGUGGAUCUGAUGAAUAAUAUACUUAAAAUUGUUGAGGGUGCAUUUCGCAGUCAUAAUUUAGAUGAUCGAUAUUAUGCCUAUGAGUGCUGGAAGGAAUUAAUCGACAACUACAGCCUGGACAUGGAUCGUCUACGCGCUCCCAAGCAGAUGAACUUGCUAAUUACCCCUUUGAAGUCAAAUGUGUCCACUUCAAAUCCUCGAAUAUCGCAUAAACGCCUCGAAAUUUGGGCGCAUCUACUUGGCACAUUACAACAAGGUGCGCUUCCGUAUUUAAAAACGUUCUUUUCUGCUUGUUACUCUGAGGACAAAAAGUCGUGCAGCGAAAAAUCACAGCAAGAGCCAAAAUUUCAUGAAGACGCAACGCUUGUGCUUUUAGAAGUUAUUGGUCACUAUGGUCACACUGAGGAAAGCGGAUGCUAUAAUUAUGAGAAGAUUCUUAAGCUAAACGAGCCAUUGGUUAAAGCCGAAAACUUUAAGGAAUUUGAAAGUUGGAUAUUAUCUGCUCUGCGCCAGUGCUCUCCCGUGAACUCACAAUGGAUGCCUACUUCUGACCUAUUUCAGGUCCAAAAAUGUAUGUGGGGCUCUUUCUUUAAUUUACUUCGGGGUUGCGAGGCAGCACAACAAAAGCAAACCAUACAGAUUAUAGUUGCAGAUUUGAUAUUCCACAUUAAGCUUAUCCAUGCGACCAACAAGUAUUUACUUUACGCCAUAAAACCAAUCUUGGAAGUACUAGCCGAGGGAAAAUUUUUUGAUGUUAACAUUUUUAACGAUUUAAUCUUCUUGCCACUAUUCAAGUUGCUCUUGAAGUACAGUGAAGAACUAUUUUUACUUGAUCGACCGCUUAUCACUGAUCUGUGUAAUUAUAGUAAAGAUGGUAAGGCGCAAGAUGUGUGGUUUAUGGAAGUGUACAAAAUACUAACGAAAGGCGAUGCUACCAGUGUAUUUCUCAAUUCUUUAAUAUUAUGGUUGGAAUGCGUAGACAACGUACUUUCUUUGUGCCAUAACGGUGGGGAGAAAAAUAGCAAGAUGCUACAAAAUAAAAUUGUAGAGUUUAUGAUGUGGCCUAUUGCAGAUCUUCAAGAGAUUCGUUAUUAUAGUCAUCAACCUAACAUUUAUAAUGAAAUUAUAUGUAAGUGGACAACUUUAUUUCGACAGUUGGCUAAUAACAGUGAGAUGGAAGCGAUAAUGGUUAUUAAUCAAUUGGAGUCUAUAAUUGGACCGAAAACAUACGGGACUAUAUCUUUGCUGUAUAAUUCGUUUAAGGACUUAGGAAAAAGUGAUAAGAUAGAUGAUGCUCUAUUGAAAUUAACAUUUACUAUGUUGAACAACUCCAAAUUAACUUCCUGUGAAUUAGAACAAUUGGUACCAGUUCUACUAACCAUUUACAAGAGGUCUAUUGAAAAACACGAUUCUGUCAAGUUUGUAACAGUAUUGGAAUGUUUCACUUUGAUACUUCCCAAUUCUAAAAAAUAUGACCUUUUGGUACCCUUUGAGAAGCUUCUGGAAUCCAUUCCAGAAUCGCUGAAGCAAUCGAUACCCCAAUCACUAAUUCGCACACUUUCGGACUUAGUAGGCGGCGACGAUAAAAAGUUUUCAUUUAAAGCAGAUCGCAUAUUGAAAAAGAUCCACAGUUUGGAAAAGAAAUUUCUGAAACCGAAUAUUUUAUCGCGCAGUACGAAGAUGGUGGCGAUGUCAAAAAGAGAAACGCCAACCUCUGAGGAUGCAACGAUUUUGCGUUUGUUUGGUCAGCCUGUGGUAUCUCCCAGUGGGACUAUUAGAGGCAGUCAACUCAAUAACAAUCCUAUUAAAUCAAAAAGAAUUAAAAAGCCUGAAAUACCCAAACCGUCUAGUAUCUUUGACGACGACGCUACUUACGUACCCAUUGAUUCCGAUUACAAAUUUGAUCGUAGCAAGUUAAACGAACAUCAGCUGGAGAUGUUGAAGAAGGAUAGGUCUGACAUACCGGCGUUGUACCAGGAUUUAUCGCAGAGCCAAUCAAACUCGGUCUGCGCUUUGGUCGAUGUUCAGAAGCCGAAUCCAGUUUUAGAUGGCCAGUCUUCGGAUUUGUUUCAGUCCGAAAAUCAGAAUGUUGGCCAAAGUGGUACCAAAGACGAUGAGAAAGAGGGAGAUCCACCGCCAAAUCAUGUAGAAAAUGAAACUCAGGUACAAAUGGAGCCUGUGGUGACGAGUGAAAAUGAUACAGGCACUACUGUACAGAUCAGCCUUAAAAAGUUGGGCCCUGUUGAAAGAUUGCUUAAAACUCUGAAGGUGGAUGUGGUCGGUGGCGAAUUAUUCACCAAAGUGGAUGUCACAAGUAAGCGGUCCACUCGACGUCAUUCGGAAAACCCUCACUCAGACAGUGGAUCUAAAACGCCAAAGAAAGCCAAACCAAAAAAGGUUCAACUUGAAACGACUGAGCAGUGCAGUACUCCGACUUCAGCUCCUAAACAGUAUGUUAAUGCACGAAAAUUAUUGGAGAGCAUCACAGAACCAACGUCUAAAACUGUGGAUACUGCUCAAAAUAGUGAGGACGUGAUUGAGUCUUCCCAGGAGUUAUCAGUUGAACCAUUACAGCAUCAAGAUGACGAAACUAAAGCCAUUGAAGAAUUGCAUAAACUUCCCGAUGAAAAAAUAUCCGCUGUAAUUGAUUUGACAGUAAACAACGAUGAUUUCGAUUUGGAAGAAAUGGAAAUCGAAGCGGGUGUAGAAACGCCGAGCAAAUUGGGAAACAUAGAAUCAUCUCCGGUGCAUCUUGAAACACCAACGAGAAAUGCCGAGUUAAUCGAAGUGACUGAAGAUUUAUCACCGAUCGCAGUCGAAAAAGCACCGGGGGAAAUACUCGAAUCAGAAAUAAAAUCCGAACCUACCGCCGAAAACGGAAUUGUCCGGCAAGAGGUUGGAAUCCCAACGAAACCCGAAGAUCCGAAGAUUGCGUUUGUUGAAAAAUCCAGUAGCAGCACGCGCGCGGAACGAUUGCUCCAGUUAGCCUCCGGAAAUUCGUCUCCCGCCACUAGUAAACUCGCAAAGUCGCCCGCCAAACACGCGAGGAGGCGGGCUUUCGUCUCGGCGGAAACUCGAAGGAUGAUGAAAACGAUGCAAAAGUGUCAGAAGGAGUUGCAGUUUCAUCGACAAAUCGACGGCGUACCUAUCCCGAAUGUGGAAUACGAAAAGGAAGUGAUGGACAACCUUUUGCAUUUUGCCAGAGAAAUUCCACCUCCCGGCGCGUCUCCCAGUUGUACCAUUUUGAAGAGGAAAGCUUCUGUCAUUGAUGAGGAAGGAUCAUCCCCUCCACGAAAGAAUGUAUAUUUCGCCUACUCGUUUUGCCUCAUUUCACUCAACGGGAGUCUACAAGUACAUGGUGAUUCAAAUUCGUGGUUCACUAUUGGGGACUCCGUAACGGUGACAGAUACAGUGCAGGUUUAA